UCCACCAGGCCCAAGAGGACCAAACCCAGUCUGUCAGAGUUCCUGGAGACUGAGGACGGAGAACUGGAGCAGCAGAGGACCUACGUCAGCGGACACAACCGACUGUACUUCCACAGUGACAGCUGCAUGCCCCUGCGGCCUCAGGAGAUGGAACUGGACAGCGAGGACGAGAGAGAUCCAGAGUGGCUCAGAGAGAAGACUGCCACGCAACUGGAUGAGUUCACAGAUGUAAACGAGGGAGAGAAGGAGGUGAUGAAGCUGUGGAACCUGCACGUCAUGAAGCACGGGUCCCCCAACAACAGAAAUGUGAAGGACGGAAGUUUCAUAGCGGACAACCAGAUGAAUCACGCUAUCAUGUUUUUCGCCGAGAACAACGGUGCUUACAUCAUCCGCCGCAACCUCUGCCGCAACUUCCUCCUGCAUCUCGUCAGCAUGCACGACUUCAACCUGGUGAGCACGGCCACCAUCGACCGCGCCAUGGCCCGCCUGAGACAGAUCCAGGAGGAGCUGCCGAACACCGAGGAGGAGCAGCGAGACCAGAUUCUGGCCUCAGCCGGAGCCUGCAAUGGGAACUCCGUCACCUCCUCUGGAGGGAAACAGGGCAAGAGGACAAAAAGCGCACUGACGGACUGAUGCAGGCUGGAGCCAAAAUUCAUGGAACAAUGAUUGUCGUGUGUUUUUUUAAAUUUUCGUUGUUUCAUUUUGUUUUUCCUUUAAUGAACAUUACCGACCCUUUGGUGCUUAGAUAGGCGUGAGAACUGGUCUCUGGAGGUUCUGACUUGAAGCAGACCUGUAUACAAGGUAAACAAGUUUUUGGAACUUGAGAUUUGAACCAAAUAUGAACAAUAUCAAAGUGAAUCACCCACUUCUACACAAACCAGGAGUUUGAGGACUGACUGAUGCAAGUUGAACCUACGUCAUAUGCAUUUGUAGGUGCCGCUGAAGUACAUGAUGAUCUGUGAUUGGAUGAGAGUGUGGACAAACGGGAGUCUUCUGACGUGGCACAACCGUCUUUGUUAUGUCCUCUUGUUCUAGAAAACUGUACGAAGACUACAGUUAAAGCUGGACUGGUAACAUUGUCACUGUUGAUUCUUUGUACACACACACACACACACACACACACACAGUAACCCUGUUGGAAACGUAUCCUUUUAGCUGAUUCUUUUAGCACUUGGUGUUUGUGUUUAGGAGGCUCACCGUAAAUUUGUCCUCUUCUUUUCUUUUCUUUUUUUGUUUUUAUUCCUGCUGCGCCAAAAUGUUAAAUGCAGCCUUUUCUGGUGUCACCAGCAGAGAAACCUCGGUGGGUUUGAUUUCACAUUUGUGAAUGACAUUUCAUUUGAAGGUUUCUACACAUUGUCUCUAGAGUAUAUAAAGCCUUUACAGCUCGUGUCUGAAGGCCUGAAAUGGACUGUUGGUUUUCACUGGUUAUCUGCCUGGAAGAUAAAAUGGAAAACUCCUACUUCAUCACCCCUACGCCUUUUUUGGCCUGCAUUGUUAAUAGCUCAAGGAAAGCCAGGGAACUUUUCUGAAUCUUUUUUUUUUCUUUCUGAAGAUUUACUGAAACAACCAGCAGAACAUCACCCCAUGUAUCAUGUAGUGUGCAUAGCGAGCAAGAUGUAAAGCGGACAGUUUUGUAAUGCUGCUGGCACCUUUUAGUUGUUUUUUUUUUUUUAUCAUGUCAAGGUCUGAACAUGUUGGAGUUCCAACAUAACUACCAGUAGCUGAUUAUUGACAGAAAUGUGUAUACAUGUAAUUAUAUCAAAUGUUUAGCUGUUCCCCAUUCUAACUCCAUGACUGAACAAGUGGCAGUUUCUUCUCUCAAAGCAAUAUGCUCUUCUUCAUCACAUGUUUGGUUUCCAGGUCCAACCUCAUAGUGUGUUCUUUUAGGUGCAGUUAAUGCCAAAGGGUAAUAUGUCCAUCACUCUCUUAGUUCAGUACAUUUUAUUAGAGGUCUUACUUUGUUCAUUUCAUGGCAAGUUUCUUUAAAAAAAAAGAAAACUAAAUUGACACUAGUGUUUUUGUAGUGUGCACAUGAAUUUGGUUGAUCAUCAUACGUUACUGUUUCACCAGACUUCCUUGUGGAAAACCAAAUUACCAAUAUAUUUUCCUGCUUCCAGUAUUCAUGGAGGGUUUUCUGUAUUCAUCUGGGAAAAGGGGAGACGUAUUCACUAAUAUUGUCUGAACACCCUGUUUCAAAAUUGUGAACUGUACACUCUGGAUAUGGGGAUUUUUAUAUUUAAAGAAAUAAAAAUACAUUUGACCUUA